UCCUAGUGCAUUUGCUUUAUCUUUUCAAGAAUGACAGCUAGUUUAAUUCAUGCAUUCGUUCAUUCAAUGUUGCAGUAAUUCAUAAACUUAUAUGGUCCACUAAUAAACUUGACAAAAUGAGUGCAAUCACAGUGUCUGAAGCUGCUAUUGCAUCCUUUGAUAAUGCAUUGUCUUUGGAAUUAGGACCAUUUGAGACUGUCCACAGAUGGAAACGAAUGCCUGAAUGUGAUGAGUUUGUUGGAGCAAGACGUAGUAAGCAUACUGUUAUACCUUACAAAGAAGCUAUUUACGUUUUUGGUGGUGAUAAUGGAAAGAAUAUGUUAAAUGAUCUUCUAAGGUUUGAUGUGAAAGAGAUGUCAUGGGGCAGAGCCUUUGCCACUGGCUGUCCACCAGCACCAAGAUAUCAUCACUCGACUGUUGUUCACAAGACAUCAAUGUAUGUGUUUGGUGGAUACACAGGAGAUAUUCACUCUAAUUCAAACUUGGCAAAUAAAAAUGAUCUAUUUGAGUACAAUUUUAAUUCUGGGCAUUGGAUGGAGUGGAAGUUCUUUGGUAAAACACCAGUGGCCAGAUCAGCACAUGGAGCUGCUGUUUUUGAUAAUAAAUUGUGGAUCUUUGCUGGAUAUGAUGGUAAUGCAAGAUUAAAUGAUAUGUGGACAAUAUCUUUAUUGGAUAGAGAGAAUAAGAGUUGGGAAGAGGUAUCUCAAAGUGGAGAAUGCCCACCAACAUGUUGCAAUUUUCCUGUGGCUGUGGCUAGGGAAUGCAUGUUUGUUUUUAGUGGACAAAGUGGUGCUAAAAUUACAAAUACUUUAUUUCAAUUUAAUUUUAGAAAUAAAACUUGGACGCGUAUCUCUACUGAGCAUAUACUGCGUGGGGCGCCGCCUCCGCCAGCUCGCAGAUACGGACAUACUAUGGUAGCUUUCGAUCGUCAUUUGUAUGUCUUUGGAGGAGCUGCUGACAACACAUUAUCUAACGACCUGCAUUGCUUCGAUUUGGACUCUCAGACUUGGUCUGUAGUGCUUCCAGCUGCAGAAUCAAUUGUUCCAUCUGGUCGCCUUUUCCACGCUGCUGCAGUGGUUGGAGAUGCUAUGUUUAUUUUUGGUGGCACGGUGGACAAUAACGUGCGAAGCGGCGAAAUGUACAGGUUUCAAUUCUCGAAUUAUCCUAAAUGCACUCUACACGAUGACUAUGGAAAGAUACUAGAAUCUAAGCAGUUCGCAGACGUCAAGUUUUCCGUAGGGAAGGAUGGAGAAGAGAUAUUGGCGCACUUGCCAUUAGUUGCUGCACGAAGCACGUAUCUGCGUAAUAAAAUUAAAGAAGCAAAAGAAGCCGGCGGAAAACAAGUAGAAUUAACUGUCACUAAAGCUGACGACAUUUCAAUAUUAAAUGUUAAACUAUCGGAUGCAAACCCCGAAGCAUUUAAAAUGGUUUUAAAUUAUAUUUACAUGGACUGCAUCGAUCCAACUAAACGAGCUAAAGAGGGCGAAGAUCCGUUCAGCAACAGAAUUGUACUUUUGAUGAUGGAUGUGUAUAGAUUGGCAGUUAAAUUUGAUAUGGCCAGAUUGGAAUACCUAUGUGUUCAGUAUUUAAAUGCAACUAUCUGUUUGAAGAAUGUUCUGGUAGCGCUGCAUAACGCCAAUUCACUGAAAUUGAAUUUCAUUAAGGAAUUCUGUUUGCGAUUCAUCGUGAAAGGAACGAAUUACAACCAGAUUGUAAUGUCCUCGGAAUUCGAGAAUCUGGAUAGGCAGUUGAUGAUUGAGAUUAUUAGGCGAAAACAGAAACCACAAAGGAAAGAACUAAUCGAAACGUUCAGUGGUGUCGGUUCAUCUUUGGAACAGGAUAUGUCGAUGUUUUUGAGGAGUACAGGUACAGAGUUCUGCGAUAUAAAUCUUGUGCUGGAUGGUAAUAUUAUACCUGCUCAUAAAUCUGUGUUGGCCGCACGGUGCGGUUAUUUCGAAGCAAUGUUUCGAUCAUUCAUGCCAGUGGAUGGAACGGUUAGGAUUCAAAUUGGUGAGAUGACGCCAUCCAUGGAGUCGUUUGAUUCUUUGCUUAGGUACAUUUAUUACGGAGAUGUGAACAUGCCUCCUGAGGAUUCGUUGUAUUUGUUCUCGGCUCCUUACUUUUACGGAUUUACUAACAACAGAUUGCAGGCCUAUUGCAAGCAAAAUUUAGAAAUGAACGUCUCUUUUCAAAAUGUUAUACAGAUAUUAGAGGCUGCGGAUCGUAUGCAAGCUACUGACAUGAAGAAAUACGCUUUAGAUAUAAUCGUUCAUUAUUUUACAAAAGUAGUGAGAUUGCCAAGGUUGAAGCAAUUGAGUAAGGAACUUAUAUUGGAUAUUCUUAUGGCGUUGGCUAACGAUAUGUCGGAGAGCAAGAUGUGCCAAGAUAUGUCAACUAUUAGUCUGAAUAGUGAUAACUGAUGGAAAUCUAAAUUUUCAGUUUUAAAGUCAUUUAUAU